GAGGUGGGCACCUGCAGGCACCCAUCUUCAGUGACAGGGAUGUGUCCAGGUGUGCAGGUGGAGACCUAAUUCACUAAACAUGGUGGAUAUAAGUGAUUUUUUGCGUGGCCGAGGGGUCCCCGAAGAUGCUAUUUUAUUAAUGGAAGAGCAGAAGAUUGACUGUGACGUCAUAGCACUGAUGGAUGACGCAACUUUGGCAAACUACAUUCCCUCGUACGGAGACCGAAUUGCCCUCUUCAAUUUCUGCAAAAGCAAGCAACCACUGUCAAAAAGAAAACUAGGACUUCUGCAAAAACUUCGUGAGAAAAUGAAAACCAGAAAAGAAAGUCCAAAGGAGAACACUUCACAUACAGAUGCAAGAAUAAGACAGACAAAGAAGCAAAAAGCAACACGAAAUGUUGAGAUAGGAUAGUGAUGGAAAAGUAGCCAAACAGGUGAGAGCGAAGCAGGGAGGUGGCACUAGAAAAAUUCAAAUGGCCACUGAUGCUGGAUUAAAAGAUAUUCUUCAAGAAGGAAAGAAACUUUUUUUUCCUAAUGGCAUAUCUCCUAAGGGAUGUGAAACAGAUUUUGAGUUUGAGGUUUGGGACUUUAAACAGAACCACCUUACUGAUGAUACCUGCCAGUCUAUUGGCAAUAUGUAUGAGGCAGCGAAACUGACAAUGUUAAGCUUCUACAUUGCAACAAAACCAAAAGAUCCUGAAGAAGAUGCCAGCGAGACAUCUGAAGUGGUGUUUGUCUCAGAAAGCAGUGGCAGUGAUAUUAAUCCAUUGCAAGUGGGGGAAGUCAGGGGUAAUUUUGAUGAAGUCAUCACUGGUUCAGAAAUUUCAGAUGAUCCAGAAAUAACUUUUGGGCCAAUUUUUGAUGCUGAAGAAGAUACAGAAGACACAUUAGUCUAUGAGGGUUUUCUUGUACCCCUCAGUCCACCUAAUUCAGAGAACAUAAUAACAAUCACCAUACGUCAUACUGACACUUUACGUGACAUGAUUACUGCUUUCUCUGAUGCAGAGAUUUUGAGAAAAACACUGAAUGUGAAGCGCAUACUUCCAGACAACACAGAAGAACCAGGCACUGGAUCAGGAAUACUAAGAGAUGUACUCACAUGCUUCUGGCAUGAAUUUUAUGAGCGAUGCACCCUAGGUGCAACAGUUAAAGUGCCAUUCAUUCGCCAUGAUUUUCCUGCUGAAAAAUGGAAGGCAGUUGGGCGAAUACUCUUGAAAGGUUAUGAAGAAUGUCAGUAUUUUCCAAAUAAACUUGCAAUCCCUUUUCUGGAGCAAGUGCUUUUCAAUGGUGUUUACAGUGAUCUUAAAGCACACUUUCUACAGUUUGUCAGCAGCCAAGAAUGUGAUGUUUUGAUGGAAGCAGUAAAAAAUUUCUCUGCAGUUGACUUGAAUGAUCUUAUGGAAGUUCUUGACAGCUAUGGCUGUAGAAAAAGAAUCACUGCUGAGACUCUUCCUACAAUCCUUGAUGAAAUAGCACACAAAGAACUUGUCCAAAAACCAAUGUUUGUUAUUGACUGCUGGAGGGAGAUCAUCAACCCUCAUAUCUCCCUCAGUCCGGAGGCACUGACCAAGUUAUUCUCUGAACUACAACCAACUUCAAAAAAAGUGUGCCAGCUCCUGAAAUUUGCUGUGGAUUUGACUCCACAACAAAAAGAAGUGAAAAAUCAUCUCAAAAGAUUCAUCAGAGAGUUGGAUAACAUUAAACUUCAGAAAUUUAUGCGUUUCUGCACCGGAUCUGACCUUAUAGUAACAAACAGUAUUUAUGUGGAAUUUCAAGAUAUGACAGAGUUUACAAGAAGACCAGUCGGACACACGUGUGGGAAUGUUCUGCAGCUAGCUAACAGCUAUGAAAACUUCCCAGAUUUCCGUUCUGAAUUUAAUGCAGUUCUUGAAAGUAAUGUCUGGGUGAUGGACAUUGUUUAGACUCUCACAGCAAUUCGCUACAUUUGAACUGCUCAUUCACACUAGAGCAUAACUGUAAAGAGAUGUUAGGAAUAUGUAUUUUUAUGUAUUUUGAACUUAUACAGUAUACUUUUUUUAAUUAGAGAGAAGUUUCCCGUCUCUGUUAGAAGUCCAGUUUUGGCUAAUAUGUCAGUUUCUUUUAUCAUUUUGAGUUUUACAUGAUACAGUCACAAAACAAAACAAACAGGUACACUGUUUACUACCAUAUCCAGAGCUGUCUUCACCAAAUCCAAGCUUUACAGCUGUAAUACAGAAACCUUCAGCAAAAGCAUGAAGAAAGAAUACUAAAGAUCUAUAAACUAUAAUUAAACUGCUCUUAAAAUUUCUUUAAUGCACCAUGUGUGGUGUGAGAAUUCAGCACAGUCAAAUACUUUUUUAAGUAAUUAGUAGUAAGACUAAUUCAUUCAGAUGGUAUUUUCUUGUUUUCCUGUUAUUCAUCCAUCAAACUGAUUCAAGCUGCUUAAAGGAUUCAGUCUGUUUUGAAGACAGUUAUUGAUUACUAAGAUCAUAAAUAAACACUGUACAGUUCAGUGCAGUGGUCAAGUGCUGUGAUUAUUCAGGCAUCCUUUUGUAAUGCCAAAUUGUCAUGUUCUCAGAUAAAGUAUUAAUCUUAACACCUGAAAAAAUGUCUUUUUACUGCCAGAAAUUAUGCAUUUUUAUUUGUAUGCAUGUAUGUUCUCAACCAUUCACACUUGUUUUUAUGUGAUACCACAAUAGCCAGUGUUCAUGAUCUUUACAGUAAGUCACUGAUGUAUACUGAUGCGUAACAAGACUGUAUGAGAUCUGUAAGUUUGUUUUAAAAGUUGAGUCAUUCUUGUUACAGGGCAGCUUAUAUGGUUAUGAGUUUUAGCCAUGUUAUUGGCAUUGGCAAGAACAGGUUUCUUGUAAACUUUUUCCAAUAAAAUGUUACUGUACACAGUACAUUUGUAUUGUUGUUUUGAAUAUGUUCAUCAAGCUCCUUAUCUAUUUGAACAUGCCAGAUUUCAAGAGACUGCCACACAUGAGCUCAGUAACAUGGAAGAAUACCAUUUAUUUUUAAUUUCAAACAUUUCAUAAAGAUACACAAAUAUAAAUGUAAAACAUGUUGCACUUAAUGGGACAAUAACUUGGUUCCACUUGCAGGAACUGUUUUGUUGCAUUGUUGCUGGGAUACUACAAAUAAAAGUCAAAAUAUUUUUGGUAUGUUUCUUAUAAUUUUAGGAUUCAUAUCAUAAAGGAGCCUUGUAUACGACACCUCACACUGCAUCAGUAUAGCAAUGACUCAUGGUCAUUUUACAUGAAAACCAGCUAAAAUAUCUUACAACUAACAGAAGUGAAAUAAAAUAA